AUAUAUUUCCUUUCCUCCGCCGGUUUCUUCCUCUUCUUCUUUCUUUCUUCCUUACACCUUCGACACCACCACCAUCGCCGUUGUUGUUUUUGCGUGAGAGAGCACUGGGCUAAUUCUUCUUCGACAGGGCGCACAUCAGCCUUGUUGGCUACAAUAGCAGGUCUCUUAUUGUCACCGAUCCGACAAUAGCAGCCGCCGGUCACCAUGCCGUCUUCCAAAGCCAUGGCCACCGCCAUCAAGCCCAAAGGCACCAAGCUGCGCCUUAUCGAGCUUGACCCUUCCACCCGCCAGAGUAACGAAAUCGCCAAAGUCUUCCGCUUCCUCGACCUCCCCGCCGAAAUCCGCCACAUCAUCUACAACCAUGCACUGUCCCUCAAAGGCGUCGAGACCUUCUUCAACAACUACUAUGCCCAACUCAAAGACAAGCCCAAGGGUGCUCUGAUCUGGCCGCGCCUUCAUGCCCGUCGUACGCCGACCAUCCUCCUCCUCAACCGCCAAAUCACCAGCGAGGCUCUGGCUGAGCUCAAGCGUAUGACUGUCCGCUUCGACCAUGGUCUCCUCGACAUCUGCGGCAUCAGCAAAUCCAACGGACCCAUUUCCCAAGCCGCCCUCCGCAACAUCGGCACCAUCGUCAUCUCCACCAACGGCCACCCUACCCUCGAGGGCAAUCACAAACUGCGCUCGUUUUUCGGCUACACCAAUCUCCUGACUGGCUUGUUCAAAGCGUUGAAGGGCGCCGAUCACCAGAUCAAGAAGCUCGAGAUCGACUUGUCUGACAAGGGGCUCGGCGUGCAUCUACUCGACUGCUGGGACUCGCCGAUCAAGUGCGACUUUCGUGACUACCUGAAGCAUGCGCUUGGGAAGCUUCGCGGCGUGCGUGGGGUGAAAGAGGUGGUGUUCAAGGGGAUCGAUGCGCAGUUUGCCCGCGAGCUGAAGUUCUGGAUGCAGAAGAAGCCGUUUGAGUUCCUUUUUGAUGUCCCUGGCGAGCUGCGCAACUGGAUUUACGAGUAUUGUGGAGACUACUCGAGCAUCACCAAGAAGUUCAACGACACCGUCAUCGCCUGGCCCGACACUUCCAAGCCCUGCCCCUUCCCAGCUCUCUCGACGCCCAACGUCCUCCGCCUGAACAAGCAGAUCGCUCGCGAGGCCGCAUCCUAUUUCCAAGGCAAACCGCUCAACCUCAAAUUCCCCGGCCCGGAGAUCAAGUUGUAAGUCACGCAAACACCCACACAUAUCCAACCAAGCCACACUAACAAGUAUUCAACUAAGUCCCCCCGACCACCGCAUCCCCAACUUCACCAGGUUCAUCCACGUCGACACCGUCUCGAAGAUCCAGAAGCUCGCCAUCACCAUCGACGCCUGGCAGUGGAUGUACUGCAUGCGCGCCUUCAUCGAGCAGCUCGGCGCCAAGCACAGCCUGAAGGAGUUCAAGCUGCACUUCACCGACCCGGACAAGGACGCGUUCCUCAAGGCGCAGACGUACAAGUACCCGGAUGG